CUCUCUGGUGCGCGAACUGGGAACUGAUGUACUGUAUUUGUGAUCUGGCCUAGGCCUCUCUGGUGCGCGAACUGGGAACUGCGUGCUUCCGUUGCUUCCGGCUGCGAUUCCGUCUGGCUCGGAAGACUGCCGCUUUCGAGCUGCUUUGGGUUAAGCUGCAUCCUGAUAUCAGUCUACAUUAGUUCUUCAUACAAUGGAAGCCAAAUUCUUCCGCUUCCUCAAGAUUGUCGGAGUCGGUUUCAAAGCUAGAGCUGAAGCAGAAGGCCGGCUCUUGUACCUCAAACUUGGUUACAGCCACGAGGUUGAAUUGACGGUACCUCCCGCAGUUCGUGUAUUUUGCUUCAAGAACAAUGUCGUGUGCUGCACUGGAAUUGAUAAGGAAAGGGUGCAUCAAUUUGCAGCAGCUGUCCGCAGCUGUAAACCACCCGAAGUUUACAAGGGAAAAGGUAUAAUGUACACCGAUGAAGUUAUCAAGAAAAAGGAGGGGAAGAGGUCGAAGUAACCGGGAAAGAUGCUUCCAACUCUUCAGGUAACAUUAGCAUCUACUUCUCAAUGUGGCAAGAAGAUGCAUUCUUGUUUCGGUCGAACUAUUUUCCUGGUGUUGGUUAUUGUCAGCAUAUUUUUCGACUUUUUACCGAUUCAUGCUUUGAGGAGUGUAUGUGUAGCAUAGGAUAAUGGCAUGAUGCAAAUGGUUUUCAAGUCCAUAAUAGAGAGCAAACCAUUCAUGACUCUGCAUUCCAUAUCUGUGUUCAGAAAUUUGUGUGGGAGUGACUAUACAUCACUCAGUUUAGUUCCAUUUGUUAUGUAGAUGGAGCUCUUCUAUUUUGA